UUUAUUUUCAAUUAUGAAUUCAUCUUGUUGUGAUAAGAAUAGACUUGAGAUACAACAACUUAGAUCUGAAUUAAAGGGGCGCGAAUUAGAAGUACGUCGUUACAAAAUAUUAGAAAUCAAAUUCCACAAUGAGCGGAAUCAAAUGCAAUGUGAAAAAGAUUUGGCAGAUCGAGAAUUAGAAGAAUUGAGUAUUCAACUAUUUGAAGAAGCAAACCGAAUGGUGGUGGAAGAAAAACAAAAAAGAGUCCAAUUGGAGACAUUGCUUUGUAUUGCACAAGAUCAUCUUGCUGAACUCAAGAGUAACAUGGUCAAAGUAGUUAUACCGCCACCCAGAUCCUCUUCUCUCCCUGCCUUGUUUGAUAAGAUAGAUGUACACAACCACGAUCAAGCUCAACUUGCCUUGUUUCAUAAUUUUAUCGACUCGACUAAAAACAACCGUUGUUCGUCUUCUUCUUAUGGUUCAUGUGGUACACAAAACGAUUACAUGACACAAUGCGAAAAAGAAGAUAUUGAGCCUUGUUUGUUAUUCGGAAACUCGGAAUCACGCAUGAAUAUGCAAGAGAUGAUGCUUUGUAUGGCUCAGGAACCAUGUCUGAUCGAAUCUGUGAAAUGGGAGGAUCAACCUAUGGUUUGUGCUACUUGUUCAAGACAAGUGUGGGGUCGUCUAUAUCGUUUUCGACUUGGGAGUCAUGAUCCAUGGUUAAUGAUUGAUGGAGGGUGUCGUGAUCGAUUGGUGGCCGUAUGUGAUUUUUAUAGCUUUGUUAGGAAUGUACAGCUGGGCCACAUCAAGCAUAAAUCACUAGACGCACUUUAUAUGGAGAGUGUAGAACUAAGAAAGAGGAUGUUUUACGCACGUAUGGGGUUUCCUUUAACAUAGAGAAUGAUUAAUAAAAAAAAAAUAGGGAUUCAAGUACAAUGAUUGGUAUCAUAACAUAAACGGCUUUGAUAAAAGUGCAUCAAAUGGAUCAACAUACUUGAGAAUACAAAACUAUGUUUAAAGUGUCUUAUGGUUGAUAUGUAAACACUGGCAGAAAAUCAAAAGUGCAUAUACAACUUUGCGAGUUUCGAAGUGCACAACUAUUCGACAGCUAAAUGAAGAAAAAAACUAAUUAAGCUUGAGCAUUAUUUUCAACUUUGUCUCUCAAGGUCAUGAUGUCAAAAAUAGGUAUAAAAGCCUCCUUUAGUAUAGACAUAGCAUUGUAAAAAAUAAAUGCUUCUAUGCCCGUUCAACACAUAGAGUAAAUAGAAACCAUGGCAACUAGAAUAUUGGG